GCCUAGGUCACAUAGCCCGGCCGGUGUCCGGCAUCGGUGGAGCUCGGUGGAUUUUUGAGGUGUCGCCGAGCUCCCCUCAUCGGUGGCAUAGCUCGGUGACGUGACCGGGCUCCGUCCGGAAAUCUACAGGCGACCGACCAAACACCGGCCGAUGACCGUCCGGAGUCUGUCUCAAAAGUGGAGAUUUUUUUCGGCCGAUGUGGCAGCAACUACCGGCCGAUGUCCGGCCGAUGGUCGGCCGGACAUCGGGGGGUAUACGGCCGGUACCCGAGCAGGUUAAAGGACACCGUGCGAUCACCGGCCGGGUUGUUAACGGGCUUCGAACACUGCCCGGCCGAUGUUCGGCCGGUGUACCUCGGACUUGGGGGGCCGAUGGUCAGCUAUUCCAUACCUGUAUAUAUAUGUCCACCCUACCUGGAAUGGUCAGUUCAUCACUAUGGCUGCACCGAGAAGACUACGAAUGGCGUUGUUAGAACACGAGCUAGCUCAGGCGAGGUUCCAGUACAACUUGGUCCUGGCAGCACUGCUCGAAGAAGCCGAGAGGGAGCGACAGAGGGCCGGCAGAAGAAUAAGACGUUGGUGGGUGCGCGAGUGGAUCCUACGCAGACCUCGUUUCGGCCAGUAUGAGACGCUCAUGAGGGAACUUGAGGCCGAGCACGUUGCCGACUUCAAAUCCUACCUCCGCAUGGUGCCACAGAUGUUCUAUGAGUUGCUUGACCGAGUUGGCCCCCGCAUUGCCAAGACCACAACGCAUCGAACCCCCUUGGAUCCUGGGCUGAAUCUGGCGAUCACCUUGAGGUUCUUGGCGACCGGAAGCAGCUAUCAUGAUCUGGCGUUCGCGUUUCGUGUCCCACACAACACCAUCUCUCUGUUCGUCCCCGAGGUCUGUCAGGCCAUCUACGACGAAUACGAGGACGAGAUGUGGGCCACUCCCCAGACAGAAGAUGAGUGGCGCCCGGUAGCCGAGGGAUUCGGAGACAGAUGGAACUUUCCCCACUGUUGUGGCGCGAUCGAUGGGAAACAUGUCGCCAUCAAGAAGCCCCCCCCCCAAGAGCGGCUCACUUUACUACAACUACAAAGGCUUCUUUUCCAUCGUCAUGCUUGCAGUGGUAAACUCUGACUACAAGUUCAUCUGGGCGGAUGUGGGGUCACCAGGGUCGUAUUCCGACGCCGGCAUCUUUAACCGGUCGCGACUGGAGCCAGGUCUGCGUGAGGGAACGAUCGGACUACCCCAGCCGGAUCCCCUACCAAAUGACGACCAGGACACACCCUACUACAUGGUCGGAGACGACGCCUUCCCCCUACGGCCAUACAUGAUGAAGCCUUACCCUCAUCGGCACCUGAAACGGGACGAGCGGAUCUACAACUACCGGUGUUCCAGGGCACGCCGUGUGGUUGAAAACGCGUUUGGUAUAUUCGCCAAUCGCUUCAGAUGUCUGCUAACAACCCUGGGAUUGAGACCGUCGAAAGUUACCAAGAUCGUCAAGGCCUGCAUGACCCUUCACAACCUCAUGAGGACUCGUUACCCCAACCUUCAGAAUGCUGACCUCGACCGGGAAGAUGAGCAGGGUCAGAUCAUCGCGGGUGCAUGGCGAGACCAAGCCGUGCUCGAAGAUGUGCAAGCAGCAGGGCACGGGCCAAGAUUGACCCGACCAGGCAAAGAACUGCGCGCAUACCUCAAGAAUUACUUUUGCAGUCCUGCCAGGAGUGUGCCAUGGCAAGAUGUGGCAAUAAACCAGCAGUAACUUGUGUCUAAUAUUGUUACAGUAUACCGGAUGCAGCCACAGACAUUCCAUUAUUCUUCUCAGGACUUAACGCAUUUUUGAUGUGUUAUACUUUCCAUUAUUCAGUAUGUUGUUUGCAAAUAAAUCUGUUAUUGGGUAAUCUUAAAACAUUGCCUUUGCUCUUUUUAAUUUGAACACUAGUAAUAAAUGCCAAAAGAAAUCAAACCUGUUUGAAAGAAUAAAUCAAUAUUAAAAUACACCAGUAUGAAUAAGAUGAGAUGUGUGUAAAUAAUACAACAGCAACACAUUCAUUGUGAUUGAAUUAUUUUUAAUCAAAGAAUAAUCGUCAUUGUAUCUUUUCUUUCACCUUUAAAAACUAACCUUUCAUAAAGAAAAACACUUGUAUCAACCAAUAUGAUUAGCUUUGUAAUUUUGUAAUAGGCUUCAAAUGAUUGCCCAUUAAUAUGUUUUCACCUUUUAAAAAGUAUGUGUUUUUUCAUAAUGAGGAAGGAUCUCCAUUGUUUACAUAUCAGAUAAAGUCUUACGAAAUAUUAAUUUUUACUUGAGUACUGUUUAACUUUUGAUCUAUGCAACUUUGUUAAAAUUAACCAAUUUUUAUGGUGUGUUCUAUAAAACCUUCUAAAUGACAUUUUCUUUCCUUCUAAAUUAACUUUGUUUUACCUUUUGAGUUCUCAGUUUAUUGCUCUAAGAUGUUAAAAAGAUAAAAACAAUAAAGACAACGACAGAACUUUAGUUUUCAUACCUUGGAUGUUACCACAUACACAAUAAAUAUGGCAAUAAACAUAAACUGGCACGGGACACCGGCCGAUACUCGGUCGUACACCAGCCGAUGCGUAUUCCGAUGUGGUAAGGAUGGGGCUGCGAUGAGGGAGCUCGGUGAGAGCCCGUCGAAUUUUUAACUCCGAAGUUAAAUUUCGCCGAGCUGCCACCGAUGCGGUUUUUAGCCCCAAACGCCGGCCGGUGACCACGGGAGUCCGGCCGGUGUCCGGCUAAAAUCGCAUCGCUGGCUCAUCGGAACCUCAUCGGCCGGGCUAUGUGACCUAGGCAU